ACGAGGUUCUUCCUUUCAGCCAGCGCCGUCGCCGCGAGUGAGUGCGUGGCCUGGAUGGACUGGUGAAGUCUCUUCCAGUUUUAACCAAGUCAGUCAGUUUUGGGUUACACUAGUAUACCAGCAAGAUGCCGGCGUAUUUUCAGCGCCCAGAGAAUGCUCUGAAACGAGCGAACGAAUUUCUCGAGGUCGGCAAGAAGCAGCCAGCCUUGGAUGUUUUGUACGAUGUCAUCAAGAGUAAAAAACACCGAACAUGGCAGAAGAUCCAUGAACCCAUUAUGCUCAAGUACCUGGAGCUGUGUGUCGACCUGCGCAAGAGUCACCUGGCCAAAGAGGGUCUCUACCAGUACAAGAACAUCUGCCAGCAGGUGAACAUCAAGUCUCUGGAAGAUGUAGUGCGGGCUUACCUGAAGCUGGCUGAGGAAAAGACUGAGACGGCGAAGGAAGAGUCGCAGCAGAUGGUGCUGGACAUCGAGGACCUGGAUAACAUCCAGACUCCAGAGAGUGUCCUGCUGAGUGCCGUGAGUGGAGAGGACACCCAGGAUCGUACUGAUCGCCUGCUGCUCACUCCUUGGGUCAAGUUCCUGUGGGAGUCUUACCGCCAGUGUCUGGACCUGCUGAGAAACAACUCCAAGGUGGAGCGUCUGUAUCAUGACAUCGCCCAACAAGCUUUUAAGUUCUGCCUUCAGUACACCCGCAAAGCAGAAUUUCGCAAGUUGUGUGACAACUUGCGCAUGCAUCUGGGUCAGAUCCAGCGGCACCACAACCAGAGCACCGCCAUCAACCUGAACAACCCUGAGAGCCAGUCCAUGCACCUGGAAACCCGCCUGGUGCAGCUAGACAGCGCUAUUAGCAUGGAGCUCUGGCAGGAAGCGUUUAAGGCUGUAGAGGAUAUCCACGGCCUGUUUGCCCUUUCCAAGAAGCCCCCCAAACCCCAGCUCAUGGCCAACUACUACAACAAAGUUUCCACUGUCUUCUGGAAGUCUGGAAAUGCCCUCUUCCAUGCCUGCACUCUCCACCGUCUCUAUCAUCUGUCGAGAGAAAUGCGUAAGAACCUGACCCAAGAUGAGAUGCAGAGGAUGUCCACCAGAGUCCUCCUGGCCACUCUGUCUAUCCCCAUCACCCCUGAGCGUACGGACAUCGCUCGGCUGCUGGACAUGGACGGCAUCAUCGUGGAGAAACACCGCAGGCUGGCCACCCUGCUGGGCCUGCAGUCUCCUCCAACUCGCCAGAGUCUCAUCAAUGACAUGGUGAGAUUUAACCUGCUGCAGUACAUCGUUCCCGAGGUGAAGGAGCUUUACAACUGGCUGGAGGUCGACUUCCAUCCUCUCAAGCUGAGCGGAAGAGUGACAAAGGUGUUGAACUGGGUGAGGGAUCAGGCUGAGAAAGAAGCCGAUCUGCAGCAGUAUGUCCCACACCUGCAGAGUAACACCAUCCUUAGACUCCUGCAGCAGGUAGCCCAGAUCUACCAAAGCAUUGAGUUUAGCCGUUUGGCCUCCCUGGUUCCGUUUGUGGACGCCUUCCAGCUGGAGCGCUCCAUUGUGGAUGCUGCACGCCACUGUGAUCUACAGGUUCGAAUCGACCACACGUCUCGAACCCUGAGCUUCGGUUCCGACCUGAACUAUUCCACCAAAGAGGAUUCUCCGGUUGGUCCGUUCCUGCAGAACAUGCCGUCUGAGCAGAUAAGGAACCAGCUGACCGCCAUGUCUGCCUCUUUAGCUAAAGCCAUCCAGGUCAUCAAACCUGCAACCAACCUGCAAGAGCGUGACGAACAUAAUCAGCAGGCUAUCGCUGCGUACCUGAAAAACGCUCGCAAGGAUCACCAGCGCAUCCUGGCCCGUAGACAGACCAUCGAAGAGCGAAAGGAGCGCCUGGAAAGCUUGAACAUCCAGCGAGAGAAGGAGGAGCUGGAGCAGCGAGAGGCUGAGCUGCAGAAGGUCCGCAAGGCCGAGGAGGAGCGUCUGCGGCAGGAGGCCAAAGAGCGGGAGAAGGAGCGCAUCAUGCAGGAGCACGAACAGAUCAAGAAGAAGACGGUCCGCGAACGGCUGGAGCAGAUCAAGAAAACUGAACUGGGAGCCAAAGCCUUCAAGGAUAUCGACAUCGAGGACCUGGAGGAGCUGGAUCCAGAUUUCAUCAUGGCUAAACAGGUGGAGCAGCUGGAGAAGGAGAAAAAGGAACUUCAGGAGCGUCUAAAGAACCAGGAGAAGAAGAUUGAUUACUUUGAGAGGGCAAAACGCCUGGAGGAGAUUCCUCUGAUCAAGAAAGCUUAUGAGGAGCAGCGUGUCAAAGACAUGGAGUUGUGGGAGCUCCAAGAGGAGGAGAGGAUCAAUAACUUGAAGAUCGAGCGUGAAAAGGCUCUGGAGCAUAAGAAGCGGAUGUCCAGGAUGAUGGAGGACAAGGAGAGUUUCCUGGCUAAAAUAACAGCCGCCCGCAGCUUCAUCUACGAGGAGAAAUUAAAGACAUUCGAGGAGCGUUUGGUUGAGGAGAGGAAAAAGCGCCUGGAAGAAAGGAAGAGGCAGCGCAAGGAAGACCGCCGUAACGCUUUCUACCGCCAGAAGGAGGAGGAGGCUCAGCGCAUCCAUGAGGAGCAGCUCAAGAAGGAACGUGAAGAGCGUGAGCGGCUGGAGCAAGAACGGCGUGAGGAGGAGGAGCGCGAGUACCAGGAGCGCCUCCGCAAACUGGAGGAGCAGGAACGUAAGCAGCGCGCUCGUCAGCAGGAGAUCGAGGAGCGGAUGCGGCAGAAGACCAUCAGCCCACAAGAAAAACCACCCCAGGAUGAGAAAGAGGAGGGAGGCUGGAGAAAGCGAACUGAAGGAGACUCAGAAUGGCGUCGUCCAGUUCCUGACAGGGACUGGAGACAGGAAGGCCGAGAGGACAACAAGGAGGAAAAAGAGGGACCCUUCAAGAGAGGGGAUGCUCCUCGCAGGGACGGCGAUGAAAGAGGACCUCGCAGAGGCUUUGAAGAUGACCGAGGUCCUCGCCGUGGAGGCGAUGAUGACCGUCCUCCUCGCAGAGGGAUGGAUGAUGACCGUCCUCCGCGCAGAGGGUUUGAUGACGACAGAGCUCCCAGGAGAGGCGGAGACGACGACCGCGGACCUAGACGAGCCUUCGACGACGACCGUGGACCCAGACGAGCCUUCGACGACGACCGUGGACCCAGACGAGCCUUCGACGACGACCGCGGGCCCAGACGAGGCUUCGACGACGACCGUGGACCUAGACGCGGCUUUGACCGAGGCUUUGAUGACGACCGUGCUCCGAGACGUGGCUUUGAUGAUGACCGUGGACCUAGACGCGGCUUCGAUGAUGACAGAGGUCCUCGCAGGGGGCUUGAUGAGUCAAGGGGUUCCAGACGUGGGGCUGACGACGACUGGGGUCCUAGAAGAGACAUGGAUGAUGGCCCACGCCGUGGAGAUGACGCCAAACCAUGGAAACCCCUUGGCAGACCCGGUGGCUGGCGUGAGCGGGAGAAGGCCCGAGAGGAGAGCUGGGGUCCUCCCCGCGGCGGCGGCCAAGAUGAUGAAGAGGAAGGCGAUGGAGAUGAAAGGCCAUCUGAUCGCUUCAGAGACCGUCGGCCACAGAGAGAGGAGAACAUCUGGAGAAGAGGAGGCACAGAGGAAGGAAGCUGGAGGGAAUCUCGCAAAGAAGACGCUGACCGUGAUGAUCGUCGUAGCGACCGGAGGGAGCGAGACAGACGAGAUGAUCGCGAUAACAAACCACCUAGGGAUACUGAUGAAGUCGCAUCUGAUGCCCCAGGCAGUACAUGGCGCCGCGGCGGCGGCGAAGAAAGACGAGAGGAACGGGAGCGUCCCAGAGAGCGGGAGCGCGAAGCUGAAGGGGAGAAGGCCUGGCGCACCGACAAGGAAAACCCUCGCCGCACCAAGAACGAGACGGACGACGAUGGUUGGACCACCGUCAGGCGCUAACAUCUACAACCAUGUGUCCAAGCGCUCCUGGCCAACAUAAUCCAAAUAUUAAACCAUAAGAAUAAUAAUCAUCCAGCAGGUCAAGGUUUGGAUUAACGAUCCUCGCCUCUAAUACUGGAUGAAAUACUUGUAGGCGGAUUUAUUUUCUUUAUUUUGUCUUCCUGUGAUCAUUCAGACAGGUUCCAUUUCCUCAUGAUCUUUUGUGCACAGCGGCCUCAUAACAAACAAUAGUCUAUAAACGUGUUAUUAGUGCUUCAGACGCUCCUGGGCUGAUGCUCAAUUAAAACCGUUUCACCAACUGCCUCUUAACUCUACAUGUUCACACUCAGAUUAACAUCUAGCAACAGGAGCAGUUCUUUUUCUGACUUCUGCUCCUCAUGUCGAAGGAGGUGCUUCUUAAUCUGCUGGUGGAUUUUACAUCUUAAUUUGCAUGCUUCAGAAAUUCAGAUUAUCUUAAUAUCCAGUGUGUGCUGCUGCAAUCAGUGGUUUCGUACCACUUUGCAUGUAUGCAUAGAAAUCCUAGAAAUAAUAAAGAUGUUUGCUCACUA